UUGUCCAUUGGUUGUCGCCGCGUGCCAAUUGUUUUUCUCUUGGUGACCGGUGGGCUUGCCGGUUAGCAGGCUUUGGCGUUCCGCGGCGCAGAGUCCUAGCAGUGCUACAAGCUGAAGUCCGCUUCCCACAUUACUGCUCGGACAUCUCUGUCGUUAGUUAGGUCGCCGGUGAUUGUUUGCCUGAUUUUCCAGCCCGUCCGUUCUUCAAGAGCUGGCCGCUGACGAUCUCAUUCAUAGCGCGGUCAGUGCCGUAUCACAGACACUGCCCGCAGUCACUACAUAUUGCGCAAGCAAGCUCAGCAAUACUGCGUUGGCAUCAUGAGCAAAGCGGUCGGCAAGUUGCUGCCCGGCAGUACCAGCAGCAGCCGGUCCACUGGUAGCGGUGUCGGCAAUGGCAUUGGUAUCAGCAGUGCCGCGAGGAGCACGGCAGACGGCGGAGACCACGACUCGGUCUUCAGUGAAUCGUCGGAGAUCGCGACACACAAGGUGGUGACAGUGGGUGACUGUGGCGUAGGUAAGACCUCGCUCAUACUCCGCAUCACGCAGCAACCGGACCAGACCACGCGCUCCACUCUCGGCACUGAUUUCUUCACGUGGCUUGUCACCGUGGACAAUGGACGCAAGAAGAAGGAUCAAGUGAACCUGCAGAUCUGGGAUACGGCCGGAGAGGAGAAGUUCAAGGACACGUUGAGCAAUGCGUACUUCCGUAACACACGUGCCGCACUGUUUGUAUUCAGCAUGGAUGACGAGAACACACUCAUGUUCCUGGACAAGUGGAUCGAGGAUGCGCUCGUGUACAGCCCCAAGGACGUCAAGCUAUUUCUGUGCGGGAACAAGAGUGACAAGGCUGGUGAGAAUGCUGACACGUUACAGAGUCAGGCUGACUUCCUGGCCGAGCGCUACAACAUCCGCCGCGUCUUCUACACCUCCGCUCUCACAGGCGAUGGCAUAUUUGAGUUGGAGCAGGGUUUGGCCAGGGAGGUGCUAGGUAUGGACCCGCUAAUACGCGAUGGUGAUGUCAUAGAUCUGGCAGAGCAGGAGGAUGAUGAACUGGAGAAUCCGAGUAACUGUGUGUGUUAGUGACCAGGUGGUCGUAGCACCUGUUACCUACAUCCCGGUCCCGGCCAACGUGUGUGUGUGUGUGUGUGUGCGCGUGCGCGUGCUCGCAUGCGUGAGAGAGGUUUGCUGGUCAAACGUAGACCCAGUGUGUGGAUGAGUGGUCACGCGCCCAAGGACUUGACAACCACACUCCUCAGACCCACCUGUACAUUCCCAUGUGAGCAGCAGCUGCAAUGUAUCAGGUUAUCACAGUCGCACACCAGUCACUUCUGGCACUGUCUUCUGGCACAGUCAAGUAACUGGGUGCCAUCAAGCUGGGCUCAGUGGACUUGCGGAACACGCUCCCUCUCUCUCUCACCGGUACACUGAUAGGCAGCAGUGCUAAGGUCUGCAAGACUGGCCUGCCUACUUACCCCCCCCCCCCCCCCCCCCCCCCCGGGUAAUAUUCCCCGGGACCAGAAUCCCCUUGAGACAACAAUGCUGCAUAUGUUCCUAUCAGUUCUUUGACAAGGCUGUGUAGUGGAUACCUACACUGCACUGUGCUGCUACCGUAGCCCAUACCAAGCAAAUGAAAGAACAUUUAGUGGUGUGUGUGUGUGUGUGUGUGUGUGUGUGUGUGUGUGUGUGUGUGUCAGUAUGUGUGUGUGUGUGUGUGUGUGUGUGUGUGUGUGUGUGUGUGUGUGCGUGUGCGCACGUGUAUGUGUGUGUGUGUGUGUGUGUGUGUGAGCGUGUGUGUGUCCAUGUAUCUGGUGCACAUCACAAUGUGAUCUCCCGUUCCCCGGUGACUUUGGUGGUCGGCUGAUCUGUACUUCCCCCAGCCUACUGUCAGAUCUGUACUUCACCCAGCCUACUGUGAGUCUCCACUUCACCCACCAAUGAGCAAUGAAGUGGUAUUGCCAGUUGCACUUGUUCUCACUAUUCACUUCAGACCUACAGUGCUCGCAACUGAAAUCUGACCCCCUGAGCGGUGGUGGGUUCACAUUCUAGCGGUCUCUGUUUCGUAGUUGUACCAUCCCGUGUUGGGUCUUUGCGAUGUGAGCGCACCGCUCAGGGCGUCGGAUUUCAGUUGCCAGCAAUGUAGUUGCGCGUUGGCAUGGUUAUAUAAUUUAUAUUAAGAUAUUAGCAAUUUCUCCAGUUCUGGCAUUGUGGGUGCUAUUUAUUUGAAGUUCUCGCGAUUCUCUUUCUUCCACGGUGGCUGCCAAGACAAUACUGAGAGGCCGCAAUAUGUUUGUUGCUCGGCCGUUUGUGCCUCAUUGCGGCUGCACAGCCAAUGAA